UGCUCGGCCCCGCCCCCUCCCUGAUGGUGCUCGGGGGGGUCACGGGGGGCGGGGCCGCCGCCGACGACGCCUGGGUCCUGGAGCUGGGGGGGCUGCGGUGGAGGAGGGAGGAGGGUCCCGGCCUCCCCCUCGCCGGCCACUCGCUGACGGCGCGCGGGGUCACGUGGCUGCUCCUGGUGGGCGGGGCCUCGGCCGGGGGCGGGGCCAACACCGCCCUGCGCCGCUUCCUGCUGCGGGAGCGCCGCUGGGAGGAGGUGAAGCAGCGGGGGACGCCCCCUGGCGCCCUCCUGGGUCACUCCGCUCUCUACCACCCCCCAUUGGACGCCCUCUUCGUGUGGGGCGGGCAGCGCCCGGCAGGGGGCGCCUCGGACCAACUCCAUUGGCUGCGCUGCGCCACGGUCACGUGGGCGCGAUUGGCCCCCGCCCGCGGGCCCAGGCCCCAGCCCCACAUCUUCCCCGCGGCCGCGCUGCUCGGGGACGUUCUGGUGCUGUUGGGGGGCCAGGGCCCCACGGGGGAGCCCUCGGAUGCGCUGCAGCUCUAUGGGGUGCGCUGCAACGUGUGGGUCACGGCCAACCGCACCCGCUCGACUGUGACCCCACAGCCCCCUGUGACCCCUCCCCCCCCUGCGACCUGCGCCUGAGCUGCAGCGAAUGUGUGGGGCAGCACCCGGCCGAGCCGGAGGGGGCCCCGCCCCUUUGCACGUGGUCCGACGGCCGCUGCGUCCCCUCUGGCUCCGCCCCCCCGCUCGACCCCGCCUCCUGCCCCGAGGUCACGUGCUCGGCCCCGGACUGCGUCACGUGCUCCGCCCGGCCCGGCUGCGUCUGGGCCCCGCCCCCC